CUCACAUCACAGCCGCCAAAAUGAUCAACCUCGGAAUCAUUGGAACAAACUGGAUCACCCACUCCUUUGUCGAGGCCGCCCACGCAACUGGCAAAUACAACCUCACAGCUGUCUAUUCUCGAAAAGAAGAGACUGCAAAGGAGUUUGCAUCCAAAUAUACCACCACCAACAACAACAUCACCUGCUACACGGACCUCAAUGCCCUUGCCAGCGGUGACAAGAUCGACACCAUCUACAUUGCCAGCCCCAACAUCCUGCACUACGAACAAGCCAAGCUGUUCCUUACCUCGGGAAAGAAUGUCAUCUUAGAGAAGCCCAGCUGCAGCACUGUUUCCGAACUCGACCAUCUUUUUGCGCUUGCAAAAGAAAACAACGUCAUCCUUGUCGAGGCGUUCCGCCACAUUCAAGAAGCAAAUUUCAAGCUACUGAAGCAAAAGAUUGCCGAUAUAGGCCCGCUGUAUGGCGCCUCAAUCAACUUUGCCCAGUACAGCAGCCGGUACGAAAAGGUUCUGCAGGGUGAGGUUCCCAACAUCUUCAACCUCGAGAUGGGCGGUGGUGCAUUAGUCGACCUUGGUGUAUACUGCGUCGCAGCCGCCGUCGACCUCUUUGGUGCACCCCUUGACUCGCAGUAUUGGCCUGUCAAAAUUGCAACGGGGGCAGAUGGCGCCGGCCGUCUGAUCCUGACGUACCCCAAUUUUACCGUCCAUCUCUGCCACUCCAAAAUUUACAACUCUGACGCGCCGUCUGAGAUUUAUGGAGAAAAGGGCACACUCAUUGUACCGACCAUCACCGAUAUCAACAAGGUUACCCUGUGGGAUCCAAAGAAGAAGACAAGAGAGGAUAUCCCUGGUGUCAAGACACCCGAAAAGCUCAAUCUGAUUGAAGAAGCGAGGGAAUUCGCAAGGUGUAUCGAAGAAAAGGACCAUGUGGAAUUGAGCCGAUUGGAGAAGCAUUCAAGGGACACGCUAGCCAUUAUGCACAAGGUCAGGCAUGACAAUGGCCUUGUAUUUACUGGUGGCAAGUAGCGAGCUCGCGUGACCAAAAAAAAAGGCUAUGGCAUCCCUGUGCCAAGUUGCGAACGCGAGAUGGGUGGGGUGAAGAUGGUGUAACGGGUACCUGUUCCUUAGGACCCCUUUUUUUGCACUACACUUUCCUUCUGUCACUAUGUAUGUAUGUACAUAAGCUUAUCACUACAAGUGUGCUAUUUGUUUGCCAUGGCAUCAGCAUCAUCUUUUUUUUUUGCAAAUCCAUAGUGAAGAAGUCAUGAAUAUAUUGUUUUUUUUGAGAA